GGUUGAUGGCGGUAUCCAUCACGAAUCUUCCUCGCAGGUCGUUAUGACUGACAAGUAAAGACUGCGUGUAAAUUUUCGAGGUAGGAUUCGAUAUGGCUGGUCCAAAGUCUUCUCUGACUUUUUCCUCGCUCCAAAAAUACACGCGGAAACGACAGCUGUAUGCAAAAAACGGAUUUUACAUCGCGAUUAACGCAACUGGCGAGGUGACAGGCACUAGCGACGAAAGCUGUUUAAACGGUGAGGAAAAUUUAUUCAUAGAUGAUAGAAUUUUGUUGAACAUAUAUUAUGCUGCUUUUAAUGUUAUUUUGGGAAUCGAAUAUUGCUUCCCAAUAUAAUUUGAAGCCUAUAUUUGCGAAAUUCUGACAAGAAGCCAGGGUCCGCAAUGAAUCAAUAAUUACAAACUCUUCUGGUGAGGCUAAAUAUUCCAAUAUUACGAAUGCAGUAAACACUGAACAUUUGAAAUAUUAUUGCGACUUUACUCCUUUUGCCUACAUAAAUCAAAAUUAAUAUUUCAUUCUUUAUGAAUACCUUUCAAUUUUGCUUUUUAGAACGAAGGGGAAUGUUCUUCGAAUAACUUUUUAGCCCAAAUGUUAUUCUUGGUCUACAAGAAUAAAACACUUUUAUUAAUCUGUGGUUAGCGACAUUUACAAGCUAUAGGAAGGCAAAUGAAAAGUAUACAUCUUGCGUUGAAAAUACCAAAUUUUGCCUGCAUAAAAAUGACUGUGUUUCAAAGAAAAACAUGAUUCAUUCAGUAUCUUUAAUGUUUACGAGUUCAGCACGAAAUGAAUUUUCCACCGUAUGUUUGCAACUAAAGAUAUUCGUUGUUUUGUUUUAAUAUUCAACAAGAAAGAUACCGCUUUACGGCAUAUUCAUUAUGUUUAUACUCUAUUUUGACUCUAUGUUUUCAAAGAAUUAAUACUGAAUAUCUUGGAAUUAUUUUUUAUAUAAGUAAAGUGAGAUUAAGAUUUUGUUUGGACGUAUAUAAAUGAGCGUUCUGCGUAAUCUAUUGAUAUUGUAAAUGAAGUUAUUUUCAUGCUAAAGAAAUAUCUGUCGAGUAUGAUACUUAGUUGUAGAUUUUCAACAAAUUGAAAGAAAAAAAACAGAUUUAUGGUCAAGAAAAAAAGAAAAAACUUCCAAUGGCACAGGUUUGUGUAAACGUGUCUGCAAUGACUGUGUCUAAAGCAUCUUUUAACAGGAAAGAGUAAUCCUGCAUGAGAACAUAACUCAAAAUGCAAUCGACUUCAGCUCUUUAAGUGAUCUGUGGUUGGCAUCAUAAAGAUCCGUUCGGACAAGCAAAGUUACUUUUCACUACCAGCCUAAGGAUUGGCUUAUAAAAGAACUACAGUGCAAAUUUUAAUCACUGAUGCAUUAUUGCCUUUUUGUAACGCGGUAAAAAGUCAGCUGCCAAUCUUAGUACUACUUCAGUCCGUACGUGAUCGUUACCCGAGUGAGGAGUAUGGCAUACUUAAAGUUCACCCUAAAGGUACAUGAAAGGCAAGAGAAUCGGUAAUAAAUGAGGUUUAGCGAAAGAUAAGGUAAAUUAUCAAUGAACCAUAAAAUUGUUUACCUCUUUGAACCAAAGCACCUUUCUGUUCCAUAACAAGCUAUUUUUAGGAAUGCGGUGUUUUAAUGCGACCACUUUGUAGGAGCACAUGGAAUGAUUUAGGAAAGGGCAAUCCAUUUUUAGGUCAACAAUGUUAAAAAUUUAGCUGUCGUGACCGAGUAUCAGCGUGAACCCCGCUGCUGAGUAAGAAUCUCCAUCACAACACUCCUUCCCCCCUCCCCGAAAAAAAACAAAACAAAACAAAGCCCGUAAUAUCACAAUUGUCUUCAUCAUUUGAUACAUAUCUUAUAAAAUGUCUUUUCCCUCAGCGGUUUUGCAGUUUCUAUCUAUUGGACCUGACCUCAUCGCCAUCUGGGGACUGAAGGCUAAAAAAUAUCUGGCAGUAGACAACAAAGGGAAAAUCUUUGCUACGGUGAGUCAAGUCAAAUAACUUUCGGCAGAGAAGCCGCUGACCGUUUGUUUUAUCAAGCAGUUUUAAUCUUGGAUUGUUAGUGGUUUUCUGUUUUAUUCGUUCAUUCGUUGGCUUGUUUUGUUGUACUUUUAUAAAUUUCUACUUUUUUUUCUCAAAUUUGCUUUUGAAUUUAUUCUUGUUUUGCUUAAGAUGUUUCUGCAGUUUUGAUUCAUAUCCCUCUCAUGACACGAGGAGUCAUGAUCAGUAACAAUGAAACUGGUGUGCUUAAAGCUGAGAUUAUCUGAGGCAUCAGCCCGUUUUCUGGAGCAGAGGGCCAAAUAUUUUUAAUAAUCCUGAAUUAAAGUUAUUUCAUAGAAACUUUUAUCUUUUACCUAUGUUUCCUACUUUUUAAAAUCUAUAACCAUCUAUUGCAUUUACUGAUUCGUUGGAAUCAUUUCAUGCAAAUAAAUUAAUUUAAGCAAACAGAAUUUGGGAACAAUGAUUCGCUAAGUAAAAAAAAAAAAAGAAAAAAACAGCAAAAGGUGAAGAACAACUUAAAAAGCACCUAGGAUAGUUACGGUUGGAAAAGAUUUUAGAGGUGUUAUUUUAAAAAAAACUAUUGAGGACUCGCCACUUAUUAGACACCCAUAGCGAUUUCCUGAACUAUUACGUUUCUUUCCAUUUACCUUCAGGAAGCUGAGAGAAAAGAAUGCGUAUUUCGAGAGUUCUUUGGAAAAAACUUUUACAAUAUUUUUCGCACGUGUCACUCAGACGCAGACGGUAAGGGUUGGUACCUAUCCGUGGACGAGAAUGGCAGAAUAAGCGCUGAGAAAGUUUCUUACAGUGAUGAGCCGAGACUUCAUUUUAUCGUUAAAACUCUCAAGGAUCAAGAAGAGAAUGAAGCUAAGGAAAAAGUUCCUGCUGACACGUUGAAAAGCCAAAAUAGCAACAAGAGAUGUGAUAAGAAAACUGCUAAGGACUUUGGGCUUCCCUCCUCAGAAAUCGUGUGGAUCAUGCAGCAACCUUACCAUUUUGAGGGUAGCACGUCAAGCACGCCCAGUCCCCCAAGCUCUUCGUGUGUUUCUGGCAGUUCGGCUUCCACUGGAGAAUGGACUGGAUCGGGCGAAUACUCCACCUCAGUAUGAUUAGCCGUGACGAGAAGUACAGCUCGUUUCAUAAUCGAGUAGGAGAAAAUUCAACUGAGUGGUUAAGUGACAGUGUGGCUGAGCUUUGAAUGGGGGAAUUGACCUCACGAAACACUAGUAUUUCACUCAGAAAAUGUUAUGUACGAAUGGGGCUUAUUUUAUAUACCCUGGAACAGGGAAAACUUAGAACUGGACAGAAAAAAUGUCAUCUUAUGAUCACGUUGCACAGGAACCCCAUGUAACUUUAUUGAAUUAGCUCUUUCGUUUUCAAACCCCCAGUUAUUCUGAUAAUCAUCAAAAUGUUUAAUGAAAGAAGCUCCUUACUAGUCUUAAUAUAAGAACUUGAGUACGUCAAAAAAGUAAAUUAUUACUCCGUUUUCUUCCGUUAUAUCACCGAGUUAUAUUUCGAAAGUUUGAUCGUUCUAAUAAGGGCGGAGAAAGGUAAUGACAAAACAGUUUUCCUUAACUAAUAUGGAGGAUUGAUUUCUUUGCUUAGAUCGCUCAAUUUCUAACAUACUUUAGUCUGCUAACAGGAGCUUUGAAGCAGAAACUUAUCACUGGGCAAUAAUUGAUGAAUUGGUAGCCUGAUAAAUAUUUAUAUAGUGUAUUUAAGAAUCUUUGAAUUAUUUGAACAGUC